AUGUCUUUGAAUAAAAAGUCUAAGAAAUAUGUUGGAAGCCCAGAUUUUCACGAUAUGAGAGGCUUACUAAAAGAAGAAUUCCAAAAAGGUUAUUACACACUGAAAAAAUCUUACCCAACAAGAGAUGUUUCUCACAUAAAGGAUAAACUCACAAAGCUCCCUGCUUUAUCAUUGACUCCACUGCCUACUGAAAUAGACCAACUUAAAAAGUUAAAAGAGUCUACCGACUUUAAAGGCUUAUCACCAUCAAUGAGUUCGCAGUUAGCUUUAAAAACCCACGUUUGCAAUAGAGAGGGCUGCUUAGAUAUUUUUCAUCACGCUCGGCAAUCAAGCACAGAUCUUCCAAAACUAGGAACUUUUGAUACUUAUUCAGGCAUGACAACUCCAGAAGUAAUUGAAAGCGCAUAUCUAGGGAAUCCAACUGGGAGGCAAGAUAUAAAGAAUUUAAGGGAAUGGUUCAAUUACAUGAUAAAACAUAAUAAAAACCCAGAGGAUUUAGACGUUAUUUACUCGAUGUGCGAAAAAGAAUUAAUAAGGCAAGUAUCUGUACAGUGUGUAGAUAGAGGAAACUUGCUUAAAAGAAUUCUGCGCCGAAUUCCUAGUGAGUAUGAUUUAAAAGAAAAACAGUUGGAGCAAAAAACGAGAGAAAUUAUCAGACAUAAAGAAGCGGAAUUUGCAAAAGAACUAAAAACAAUUAACAAAAAAAAUCAGGAAACUAUUAAAAAUUAUGAAAAUGAAAUAGACAGGCUGCAAAAAUUGGUCUAUAAAUAUCAAAACGUUAACCCAAAUCUAGCGAAUAAUAUAUUAGAUAAUAGGAGUAGGUGGAGAGAAGUCAUGAGAAUGUAUGAAAACGAAAAAGAUUACUGAGAUAAAAAAUUGUUAGAAUUAACAGAGCUAAAAAAAUCAAGGGCAUCGGGUAUCACUUCGGGAAACAAAAAAGUUGCAUCAAUUCUAUGAAAGCAGAAUAAAUUAGAGAAUUCAAUUAGCAAGGAUGAAGAUUUUGUUGAGCCUCCAGGAGUUUUAGGAACCUUAGGAGCUUUAGGAACCUCUGGAACUUUAGGAGUUCCAGGAAUUGCAGGAUUUCGAGAGUUAUCUUUAAGAAGAAAAACAAUUAAAACCUCAAGAGAUUCAAUAAUUGAUAUUGAAAGUGCUGAACUAAAAGUAAAGCGAAAAAACAAAGGUGUUCAGUUUGAUUUUAAUUCACUUUUAGAAGAAGCUUGGCAAGAUUUAGAAAACCUGGCACCAGAUGAAGAUUUUUAUGAAGACGAAAAUGCAAUAAUAAUCAAUCAAAUGGGUGGAAUUCCUGAUGUCUCUCCAAAUGAUGCUGCAUCAAUUAUCAAAUUAAUUAAGGUAGGGAAUUCAGCAGCUUCUGAUAAAAAAAAUCCAUAUAAUGGAGAGGAAAUCGAUAAAGAUUAUAUGAACGCAAAUGCAAUUAGCAAACGUCAAACUGAAAAUAAAAUACCUCAAUUUAGCCCAUCAAUUCCAAAAAUUGAUAUAAAAGAAAUCGAAAACGAUGCAAGAUAUGAAGAAAAUUACGCAAAAAAUUAUAAGCACUCAGACACCAUUUCUACUGAAGGAGAUGGGCAGCUAAGAGCAGGGCAGCUUACAGUGAGUCCUUCAAGUAGAAAUUCUGAAGAUGAGCUUUCUUCAUCAAAUUGCAGCAUUGAGUCUAGAAAUUUUCCAAAUCUGCCAGGCGAUACUAAAAGAUCUCAAAGUCUGAGCCGCCAAGAUACAGAAGAAAAAGAAGCUCAAAUUCAAAAAGAAAUAACUAACUCCCCCCGUCCUUGAUCGAGCGAUUCACUGUAAAAAAUUUCCUAAAAAUUGGGAAAAUUAGCUCCCAUCCUUGAUCGAACGAUUUUCAUAUUAUGCAAAUUUUUAUAUAUAUAAAAAUAUAUUAGUUAUCAAAAGCUUGGGAAGAUUUGUUGUCAAGGCUUUGAAACGACAGAAAGCUACGGAAUCAACCAUCCGAAGUGCUUUAGUCAUCAUCAAUCUGGGCUUAAAACCUCAAUAAUCUAAAAAAUAGAGAUUCUUUAAAAUUUAAAAUUUUUAAUUCAAUAAGGAACAUAUUAAAAUUUAUACAGUUUAAAGGGUAACCAAAAUAUUAAAAUAAUAAAAAUUGGUAUUCUCAUGAAAUUAAUCAAUUUUUUGCUAUAAAAAUAAUUAUUAAAUACUCUUAACCCUAUUAUUUAAAAGUAUAUAAAAAUAUAUAUAUUUUUUUUUUAUAUAUAAAAUCUUUUAACCCCCAUUCUUGAUCGAACGAUGGCGAUCAAGGAUGGGGGGAGUAAGCCAUUUGUAAACAGAAAAUCUAUGAUUUUUACAAGGCUGGCACCAACAGGGGAAACAAUUCAGUUUAACGUUAAUUUUAAUACAGAUCUAUCUGCAGAUGAAGUCAUCAAUUUGUUAAUUCCUGAAAACUCAAAUAAAGAAUCUUGGAAAGAAGGAUUCAGCACCGGCUUAGAGUUUGGAAAAGCUCAAGGAUUCAUAGAUGGAGAAGAUUUUGGAAUUGAGCAGGGCAGAUUAGCAGGCUAUAUUAAAGCCUUGCAAGAAAAAAAAGGCCUGAAAGAACUGAUAAAAAAUCAGGGAGAUAAAAGUGAAGAUGAGACUAUAAAUAGAUCAGAAAUCGCAAUUGAAGACGCAACAAACCAAAGCAUAAAAGAAGAGUCCUCUGAGUUGUGGCCUGAAGAAAUUAAAGAAGCAAAGAGAUUAAUGAAAAAUGCAGUCAAAGUGAGAUAUAAUGCUAGAUUAAUGAAAAAUAAAACUGAUAAAGAUUUUGGAUUUGAAAGCAUAAGAGAUCCUUCAUUGGAUGGGACUAUCAAAGAAGAUAACUCUCUUCGAGUAUUUAAGAAAGCUGAAAACUCACCUGAUAACGGAAAAACAGAUGGGCUUAAAUUUUCAUCUUAUUUGAAAAAAGAAGCCAAAAAGAAAGAUAUGACAAAAUUUUUUGAGUUUAAAUUCAAUCAAAGGGCAAACCAAGUUUCUACUAAAAAAUUAGUGGCCUCAGGAAUUAUUGACAGGCUUAUAAGGAAAAAAUUGAUAUAUAUAAAAAAGAAAUCAACUAUGAGCUCUCGAAUGGUAAACAGAAUUAUUAACUCAGUUUACAGUUUUGCAAUGACAAAACAAAAAUCAGGAGAAAUUAUUGAAAACUUAGCUGAAAUUAUUUAUGAUGAAUUUAACAAAAAAUAUGGCUUGAAAGCUGUGAUUGACAAGAAGUUCAUUGAUUUUAUUGCUUCCCUGUUUAAAUAUUCAGAUUCUAUAAAAUCGAUGAUGUUUUUGAAGUUUUUAGGUUAUGGGAAGAAGUUAGGAUUGCAGGAUUACAAGAGAUUGAGCUUUCCAUGGUUUUUAAGUUGCUUUAAUUAUAUGUUGACAUCAAAAACAGGCAUAAUGGCAGCAUUUGACGACACUUCAAACAAAAAUAUGUUCCCUACGCUAAGAGCGAUUGAAUACGUCAGAGAUAAAUUUGAUUUUUUCGACAAACUUGCAUUGACCAAUUUAAUUGGACAAAUUGAAGAUAUUUCAACCCCAGACCCAAAACGCAUCAACGCAAAUGGCUUAGUUGAGCUUGAUUCAAUGCUAGAAAUUGUAAUUGACUCCUAUGAGAACUACCAAAAUAGAAUAGAAGAUGGAAUUCUAUAUGCAUUAAAAACAGUUGGAUAUGAUGAAAACAACACAAUUUCUAAUGUAAUUCUGCUUAUCCUUGCCAGACACAGAAAUAAAAUGUGGCGUUGACAAGAUAGGACUCCAAAGUGACUGAUGAAGUUUGAAAACAGUAUAUCUGUCACUUUGAACUAAGUCUUUCAAGUUUCGGGGUAUCUUACCAAAGGGAAGUUUUAUUUUCCCCCUAAGGUUUUCCUGUCUAUGCCAGAUGGGCUAACAGUUUUGCCUAACAUAUGGCUUUUCCUUAUAGAGACCAUCGGGGGCUGUGGCUCUGCCCUAGAGUUGAUUCCUAAGGCAAGUGGUUCAGGUCGGAAAUCUAAGAGGGCAACCUUUCAUUUUUCUCAUCUGAACUCUCAGAUCAAUGGAGACUUGCUUUUGAAACUGAGAUGAUAGAAGGUAGCAUAAUUUAUAACUCGACUUGUCAGACAUAUCCUCCAGCAUAAAAUCUUUAUUCCUCCAAAGGAUGAAGAUUUUACAAUUGAUACUUUAAGCCCUAACUCCUCCCCUUCGUCAGGGAACAAAAUUAUUAUAAAAAUCGCUAUUUUUUGCCCAAAAGCCCACCUCCGUGAGCAAACAAAAUUUUUUUUAAUAGAAAAAAUUUUUAUGGAAAAAAAUUUAUAUAUAAGUGAUAAUUAUUAUAAUGAAAUCUAGAGCUAAUUCUGUUUAAUUUUAAACAAAUUUCUUUUUAAAAAAAUAAAUUUGUAAAUUAAAUUAAUAUUUGCUUUCCAAUUUUUUUUAAAUUUCGAAAACAAAUAUUUUCUAUAAAUUUAUAUAUAAAUUUUUUUUUUUAAAAAGAAAUUAACCCCUCUCUGUGAGCGAACAAAAUUUUUUUGUUCACUCACGGAGGGGGGGAGUAAGCAGAAAGCCUUUAUCAAUUUUAUGCAAACAAAUGAGAAAAUAAACUUGGACGAUCUCAUGAUAAAAUGCUUGGAUUGCGAUUUCUUUGAAAUUAAUGAUUUCAAAAUUUAUUUUAAUCCUCCAAAAGAUUUAACAAUUGAAAAGGUGCUUUCUGAAAUUAAUGCUGGGCUGGAUGAAGUUAUGGAAAUUCUGGAGAAAAUGAAAGAAAAGGAAGAAAAGAAGUGGAAAAGCUUGACAGUGAAGGAAUGGAAGAAAAGGCUGGCAAGCUGUGAAGAAAAUAUUAUUAUCAAAGAACCAGCAAAUACAAUGUUUGAGUGGACGCUAUAUCAAGAUGAAUUGAGAAGAAUAAAAGAUGUAUAUUUGAGCUAA